GCGUCUUAAACCCUUAUCACCUCUCCCCACCGCCGCGUCCUCUCCCGCAUCUCCGCCGACUCGUCCCCUCCUAGGGUUUUGCUGCCGCCAUGGCGAUGGCGUCGCGCGCGCUCCUCCUCUCCCGCGCGGCGCUCUCGCCGCUCUCCUCCGCGGCCGCGGCCGCGUCGUCGUCCCACCGCCUCCCCUCUCUCCUCCGCCCGCUCGCCGCGGCCGCGAGCCUCCUCCCGGCGGCGGCGGCGGCGCCCUCUCCGGGUGCGGGGAUACGGUGCUUCGCGACGCAGCCGGCCACGUCCUCGCUGCGGGACUCGUCCCCGAACUGGAGCAACCGCCCGCCCAAGGAGACGAUCCUCCUCGACGGGUGCGACUUCGAGCACUGGCUCGUCGUCAUGGAGCCGCCCCAAGGCGACCCCGCCAACCCCGACGUCACGCGCGACGAGAUCAUCAAGGGCUACAUCGAGACCCUUGCCUCAGUCGUUGGGAGUGAGGAAGAAGCUAGGCAGAAGAUAUACUCGGUGUCGACUCGUCAUUACUUUGCGUUUGGUGCCCUUGUAUCCGAGGAACUUUCUUACAAACUAAAAGAGUUGCCCAAGGUCCGCUGGGUUCUUCCCGAUUCAUACCUGGAUGUGAAAAAUAAGGACUAUGGAGGAGAACCUUUCAUAAAUGGGGAAGCUGUUCCUUAUGAUCCCAAAUACCAUGAGGAGUGGGUCAGGAACAAUGCUCGUGCCAAUGAAAGAUCUCGGCGCAAUGAUAGGCCCCGCAAUUUCGACAGGUCAAGGACCUUUGAUAGGAGAAGGGAGAACAUGCAGAACUUCCAGAACAGAGAUGUGCCUCCUGGGCAGGGUUACAACAGCCCUCCACCACCUGGCCAGAACCAAAUGCCACCACGUGAAGGCCCUCCGCACCAUGCUCAGGGCAACAUGCCUCCGCCACCACCACCACCUCAUGCAGGUGGUGCUCCGCCAAACUACCAGCAAGGUGGCGCUCCUGGCUACCCACAGGGGGGAUACACCCCUGGUGGUGCUCCGCCCUACCAGCAAGGUGGUGCUCCUGGCUACCAAGGUGGACCUCCUGGGUAUCAAGGCGGUAACCAAGGUUACCAAGGGAACCCAGGCCAGGCUUACCAAGGUGGCAACCCUGGCUACCAAGGUGGAGCACCAGGUUACCAAGGUGGUAAUCCGCCACCCCCUUACCAGGGAGGCAACCCCAACACACCACCCCCGUACCAAGGUGGUGGCAAUCCUGGCUACGGUGGCGGUGGCCCAGGCUACCCAGGCCAAGGAGGCAACUCGAACUACCAAUAAGCACGACCACGAGCAUAUGCAGGCGCCCCUGUUCCAGAGUACUCUUUUGGAAAAGAUGGUGGGCAGUAGUAUAAAUCGAACCCUUGUUGCCGUCUGAUUUUCAUGGUUUGUCGUUGCUGUAUUCGCCUAAUUACCCCAUAAUACUUGAACUUGUGCUUGGGUGUCGAACGAUGUUUCUGGAAGUAUGAAACUAUGGAUGAUACUAGUAUGUAACAGCUGCUCUUAAUGCACUUGUUGCCCUUGUUUGCUGAACUA